AUGGACCCGCUGUCACUGUCGAACCUGGACUCACCAGGAGCAGGAGCCGCGGGCGGGCAAAAGGCUGGAGGCCGCGGCGAGGCAGUGGCCGGUGGUCAGCUGGCGGCGUCGGUGGCAGCCAUUGCUGCCGAUGUGCGGAUGCAAUCGGCGAGCGUGAACGAUGAGCUAGCGCGGGUCAAAGGCGAGGUCCAGGCACGGUUUGAUCUUCUGACGGCGAUGAUUGCAGACGUGGCGGCGAGCGCGCCGCACUCGGCAUCGAUGCCGCUCCAGUCACCCGCGGCUACAGCUUCACCGCCGACCCAUCACCCGCGGAUCCGCGACGACGUCCGCCGGGUGGCCCAAGUCGAGGGCGCGCUUGCAGUCUUCCAGACCGAGGUCCUGGAGGUUCUCGCCGCGUCGCAGGCCGAGGUUGAGGGCCUGGUCGCCAAGAUGGCAGGAAUCGAGGCCCGCGUCGGUUCCGAGGAGGAGCUUGUCCGCGCCGCCGAGGCCUUUGUGGCUGCCGAUGGCGAGGCUGUGGCACGGGCAGUGCGCGAGGCGAGCAGCGCCACGGCGGCGACCGACGCUCGGGUCGAUCGGCUCGCCGCCAAGUGUGAGGAGCUUUACACCGGCUUUCGGGUUCUCGAGUCGAACGCGGUGGCCAAGUUUGCUGAGACCGACGACGAGGUGGCCGAUCUCGGGUCGCAGCUCCGCUCGCUUCGCGAGCACGUCGACGCCGCUGUGGGCGACUCACAUGCUGCAAUCCGCGUCGAGCUUGACGCUGAGCGCGCCGCCCGCCGCAACCUCGAGACGCUCGUCGCCUCGCUCCGCGACGAGCUCUAUUCAGCGCGCGCCUCGUUCGAGUCGCUUGCGAGCCAGGUCGGCGCCCUCGCCGACUCGGCUGCCUUUGCCGAGUCGUCAGUCACUCGCGCAGAGCUGGACUCUGCCCUUGCCGGCCUCCGGGCAGAGGCUAAGCCCGCAGAAGCGGCGCUCAGCGAGCUCGCCGCCAUCCGGGCCUCCAUCGACGAGCUCACCACCCGGGUCUCGCGCAACACCCAUGUCUCUGUAGCCAACGACAUUGCCUUCCGCGCCCUUAAGGACAAGCUCGGCGGAGUUGUCGGCGUCUUUGAGGCCCAGCUCGCGCGCGACUACGAGGACGAUGUCGUCGUCGGCGCCGAGAUCGACAAGUUCCUCGCCUCGGUCAAGCGCUCGUAG